UUAUAAUCAAGCCACGCCUCCUUUUGUACAACCUCCCACUCCCACCUCCAUCCCCGCCAGGCCGUCACCACCAGCUGCAACAGAGUGAACAAAGUACACCACACAAAUUUCCCAAAUUUCUGUUUCCAUUGUUUCUCAGACAAACUGGUGCUACAUACUUGCUGUUGAAAUGGCCAUGGACAUGAAAAAAGAGGAGGACGUUAAGGAAUUUGUAGAGAAGCUUGGAAUUGAGUACAGGUUUGGGUGCUACUCUGAGAAGAAGGCCGACGUUUGCCACCUACUGGGCGACUAUCUGGAGGCGAUCAAGAAGGAUGAGUCCAAGGCGCGCAAGGUAUAUGAGACAAACUGCAAGGACCGUGACUUCGGGCGCAGCUGCCACAAGAGCGGGACUUACGCAUUCAAGGCGUCGGACCCGAAUGGGGCGCUGGCCUUCUUCGAGAAGGCGUGUGGCCUGGGUGUGUCCGAGUCUUGCCUGAACGCUGGACUGAUGCACGUCAACGACAAAGCAAAGGAAACUGCACGGGAAAAGGGGUUGGAUUAUCUGUCUCGCGGCUGCAAUGGUGACAACAGCCACGCGUGCUUCUACCUCAGUGGCAUGCACCUGCACGAGCGCAACAUGCCUGAGGCGAGAAAGUACUCAGAGCGCGCCUGCAACCUCGGCAACAUGUACGCGUGUGCCAACCUCAGCCAGAUGUACCGCAAGGGCGACGGCGGUGAGAAGAGCGACGAAAAGGCCGAGCUCUAUAAGAAGCGCGCCCUCGAGCUGCAGGAGCAGGCCAAGAUGCAGAAGGGCAUAUCCUUCCAAGAGGGCAUAAAGCCUGUCUGAUCGACAUAGUUCAAUUUUUGUUGCCCUAUAGAGACUGAUUAUGAGAAAAACCAAUGACUCUGGCUGGAUGCCGCUAUGUUGAUCGUGAAUAAAAAGGCUUAGUGAUUGUUUUAA